GUGCGAGUGUCACACAAACGUCGUCGUCACAUGGGAGAAAGGAAAGGCGUAAACAAGUACUACCCUCCAGAAUGGGCUCCCGAAAAAGGCUCACUGAACAAAUUUCACGGAACUCAUGCUCUAAGAGAAAGAGCCAGGAAACUUGAUCAGGGCAUUCUUCGAAUAAGAUUUGAAUUGCCAUACAACAUUUGGUGCAAUGGAUGUGGAAAUCAUGUGGGAAUGGGUGUAAGGUAUAAUGCUGAUAAGUCAAAAGUUGGAAACUACUAUUCCACUCCUAUUUGGAAAUUUCGAAUGAAAUGUCAUCUUUGUGACAAUUACAUUGAAUUUCAAACUGAUCCUAAGAAUUGUGAGUACAUUGUGUUAAGUGGAGCCACACGUCACAACCAGCGGUGGGAACAGCAGGAUAACGAGGGACAUGUUGUUGACAAAGGGGAGAGUUUCAAAAUGGCUGAAGAUCCAAUGUACAAGUUGGAGCAUGGUAUAAAGGAUCAAAAGAAAGCAAACGAAGAACAGCCGAGACUGAGUCAACUUGAGGACAUGCAGUUAGCCAACAAGGAUGACUUUGCUGUAAAUCAGCUGUUGAGGAAGAAAUUCAGAGCAGUAAAGAAAGACAGAAAGAAAAGUGAAUCUAGAGACCAAAUCUUACUUUCCAAAGCCUCCCUCAACAUUCCUCUAGUUGAAGAGAAUCCAGAUGAUGUUCAGUUAGCAACAACUGUCAAGUUCCACUCACAGUUUGAACGACUAAAAGACAAACGUCAUGCACUCAAGCUGCAGUCUAUUUUCAGUAGCCAGAAUCGAUCUAGAUCCAGUCAUCUGGUGUCUAAACUAGGAGUUGUUAAUCACCGGAACUUUAAACCAUUACUUGGAACACAAGAAGACACAGCAGUAAGUGGUGUUGUCAGGAAACGAAAACACUCGCAACAGCACGAAAAUGUGAGCCCACAUAAGGCAACGGACACAUCUUCUGUACAAACUUCAGUUGUAUUCGGAGAAACGUCAUUAGUAUCUGAUGAAUAUGGAAGUAACACAGAUUCUGAUUCAUAAGUAAAUGUAUUAGCAUUAAACAUAAAAUGGUUUAAUAUUAAAGGUGAACAUAAUACUGACGUGGCAUUGGAAGUAUUGGGUCAGGUUAAUUAAUAGUUAUGUUGCUUGUUCUUUGUUACGGUUGAUAUUGGCUGGCUUGGGCA